GAGGCCCUGACUUCCGCGCCCCGGCGUUCGGCGGGGCGGCCUGGUCACCAUGGCGGGCCUGGAUCCCGGCCCGGGCGUCCCCGUGUGGCUGGUCGAGGACGACCUGGGCUGCAUCAUCUGUCAGGGGCUGCUCGCCACGCCCGCUACGCUGCCCUGCGGCCACAGCUUCUGCCGCGAAUGCCUGAAGGGCCUGUGGGCCGCGGGUAGCGCCAGCCCCCCGCGCUCCUGCCCCACCUGCCGGGAGAGCGCCCCGGCGCCGCUGAAACUGCGGAAGAACACGCUGCUGCAGGAGCUGGUGGACAAGUACAGCCGGGCGCUGCGCGAGGCAGCGGCACAGAAGAGCAUCCCAGAAGUUGGGCGUGAGCUGGCGGAGUUGGUGGAACAGCUCGUAGACAUUGUCAGGAGUCUUCAGAGUCAGAGGCACCUCCCCGAAUCCAGACCAGACAAUGAAGGGAGCACCCCGAGCAUGUGCAUGUCCCCUGCCUUCCAAACAUUUCAAUUAAUAGGAAUGCCAAAGCUGUACAUGCCAGCACACAUGUACAACACCAUGAAGGCCUUGUCUCUUCUCAUGCUCCUGGAGAAGUCCCUCAGAAUUAACACCAUCAUCAGCUGGUAA